UUUCGCAUUUAGAGAAAAACCCGAGUCGCGUCUUAAAGCAGUACAGAUAAAAAGAUUUGCGACAAAAGUAAAAGAAGAUGGAUGACGUGUAUUUUUGGGUCCUCUCGACUUCCGGGUGUGUGUAAACAGAUCAUAAGCGGAGUCGUCUCUCCCAAAAGAUGUCUAAAGUAACGUUUAAAAUCACCCUGACGUCGGAUCCCCGGCUGCCAUACAAAGUACUAAGCGUCCCGGAGAGCACACCCUUCACAGCAGUUUUGAAAUUCGCAGCUGAGGAGUUCAAAGUGCCAUCAGCGACCAGUGCGAUAAUAACAAAUGACGGAAUAGGAAUCAAUCCGGCCCAGACUGCAGGGAACGUGUUUCUGAAGCACGGCUCGGAGCUCCGCAUCAUUCCCAGAGACAGAGUGGGAGGACGGGGAGACUGAUGCUGCUUCUCCUCCUCGACGGCACAGUGACUCACCCGGCAGAAUCAUAUAUAACACUUGAGACCCAGGAAACACCUCAGCGUGUGUCUUAUUUAUUUUCUAGGCCCCACAACUGACAGUGACUCACAGGAGAUAUAUUUAAACUUUAUCGAUGACAUGCUCGCGCACAUUCGACUGCCCCUCCCCCAAACCCCCUCCAACCCCCGCCGUGUCUUCAGCCUCUGUCGAGUUCAGAGGUUUGGAGCAAGAGAGACGCCCAGAGCAACUGAGCGAUUCCAAACACAGCUGCAUCACGGGAAAGAGUUCAGCUAAGAUUAACAUAGUCAUCGGUAGCUUUUGUAUCUUUGUAAAUGACAUUGAGCAGUCAGUAUGACUAACCGUGCAUGCUUAUUUUGCAGCGUUUCGAAGAAUUGUAACGUGAGAACAUCCUAGCUUGCUAGUUCAUCCGGUGCACUAAUGAAAACAAAUGACUUCUAAUAGUUUCAGGGUUUAACAGCAGCACAAAUUGCAUCCUCCGGAAUGUUCAUACGCUCGAAUUUCCACCCUUUUCCACAGUUUCGCCGUAAACCAAUCAUUCAUUUAGUGCAGGGAUGCUUUUUAGGAUUGCAUUCUUUUUCACUAUUGUACCCAGUGCAUUGGCAAGUGACUGUACACUGUACCGCUUACACUGUACUAAGUGACUGCUGCCUGUCAUUUUUUUUUAUUUUUUUAUUUUAUUUUUUUUGUCAGGUUUUCAGGUCACCAGACUUAACAUUAUGCAUCAGUAUUUGUGUCGUGGACCAGAUGCUUUAAGCAGAAGAUCACGUCUCGUGAUUAAACACAUAAACGUCACACGGCUCUUUGCUGCCCUCUGUCAGGUCGCAGCUUAACAACAACGCGCACCCGAAUGCCUCUGUGUUUCAACUCGUUCAUUGUGCAUCUUCACACAAUAAAAGCAGAAAAAGCUCCACUGACUAA